UCUUCACCUCCCUCGAAAUUUCCGGUUUCCGCGCUGACUCCCUCCUCCUGACCUGGAUUUAUCUGUGGCUUGCAGCAUCAUCACCAACAGGCAAACCAGCCAACAAGCCAGCCAUGUCUCCUCCCAGCUCCUGUUCUGUAGCUCUGGGCUUGGCAAGGUUUUCAAUGUUCUAUAUUCUUGUCUGGAAGUACGGACAGAACCCUCGCUGGUCGGAAACAUUCUGCCAUCUGUCCUUGCCGAAUCUAAGGUCGUCCCGAUAUGCACUAGAAGCAGGCAUCUCGAGUGGGAUGGUCAGUGCGCGACUUCGCUCAGGUUUCAUAUGCUCGUAUUUUCCGACGGCUGCGAAUUUCCGACGGCUCGAAUCAUCUGCUGUCCCAGGCAGUAGCUGAGUUGCAUUCUUUCAUUUUUUUUUUCACUAGCAUUGAUGGCGGAAGCGGUGGUCAUAGCGCGGAUGCGGAAGAAAGAAGCGGAGGAGCAUGCGUCGCUGACUCGCUCUCGCAGCCUGCUGGAGGAUAAGUUCGGCGCGUACGAGCGAGCGAACCGUCAGAUGUGGGCUCACUCCUCAUCUCUAGCUGAGACUUCAGGAGCUUCUCCGGAUGCUAACGAUUCGAAACCGUUGUCGCGAAGUCCGCUCGGCCAAUCAGCGCUUUAUCCUCACGCCGUAUCCGAUUCGCACGCGCUGUCGCACGGCCACGGUCGCCAGGAAGCGGACAGGGGGGACGGAUCUCACAGAUGGGUUUCCUGGAGCAGCGCGGAUCGCAACGGCGCGGAGGAGAGGGAAAGAGAGGCCAGGGGAAGGGAAGGCGGCCCCGAACGGGGAGACGACGGUAACGCACAGUUGAGCAGCAACAGCGGGGGAGAGAGACGCGCGGGGGAUGGUGGAGGAACUGGCGAGGAGAGACGCCGAGAUGGCAGAAACGGCAAGACGCAGGGUUGCCUUGGCGGAGCAAUGUGGCGGAAAGGAGGCGAUGACGCCCGGAAUGGCGUUGAAUCCACUUACCAGUGCUGGGGGAAGGGUUGGCCGAGGGGAGAACGGAGAGAAGCGGAUAGCAAUGGAGGCGAUGAUGGUGAUGGUGAUGGUGAUGGUGAUGGUGGUGAUGGAAAUGGUGGGGGGGAGAGGGAGUGCGAGGGUGGGGAAGCCGGUGGGGAGGGCGUGGUGGCGGAGGGAAAGGAUUUCACAUGGGAAGAAGAAGAAGAUGUGAUUCUGGCGAACGAGCUGGAGGAGAUCGACAAGGAGGUCGUUCAAGAGGUGUUCAACCGUGUCAGCUUCCUAAGGCAUCAGCUGCAGCACUACCGCGACUUGGCCGGCUUCCUGCUGCUCAUGGCGCUCUUCAUCACCAUUGUGUAUCUCCAGGCCGACUCCUCCCGCAGCUACCAAGUCACUUCUGCACACUCCGUCCUCAUCCCCACUGGCUUUGCACCGGAUUCGUCCAACCGCUUCGCAGGAGCGUCUGACUUCUACGGGUGGCUGAACGGGAGCAUCAUCCAGCAGUUCUGGCAGGACCCGCCCUGUGGGGAUGGCCUCUGCGACCAGCCGUUUGAGUUCCCGGCGUUCGGUCGGUUUGGCUGCGAGGCGGACUGCGGCACGUUCCCCAACCUGACGGCCGUCUCCAUCCACUUCACCACGUCCUUCACCUCCGCGGAGGCCCUGGCUGCGGCCUCGUGGAACCUGUGCAUGCAGAGCCCCAUCUCGCUGUGCUGGCAUGCGCUCCCACAGCCCUUCCCUGACCAACAAGCCCAGUUCUCCCUCGCGCUUGACAUCCCCGAUGGCGACUGGGCGCUGCUGCUCACAGCGCCCAUGGGCGGCGUGCAGGGCGUGCUGCAGGCGCAGAAGCCGGGCUUGGGGCAUCUCAACGGGGACGUUACUAUGGGCUCGAGUAACAGUGUCACGCUGGCCACGUGGGGCGGGUGCUUGGGAGGAGAGGGAUUUUCGUGGAGUGAUUUGAACGCCUCGCUGCUGCAACAAGACGGGGGAGAAGUGUGCCGACAGUCAUGCGAGUCGGUUGCGGGGUGUCUGCAGUCGGCGUGUGGGCGGGAGGUGGCAGCAAGGGAGGUGGCCGGGGCGUUUGUGGAUUGCGUCAAGAUCUGCCGAGCGGCGCCAGCCACCGUGCUGCCAUACGCCACCAUGUCGUGCGUUCAGAUCGCAGCGCUCGAACCAUCCCUUUUCCCCAAUUCGCUCUGCACCACAAAAGCUCGUCGGCGAACUCAGGAGACUAUUGCAACCACGACCACUGGGCCGGGACUGGCUGCUGCAGCCGAGGCGAGUGCUGCACACGCAGCUGGCGCAGGGGCGUCCAGAGGUGUGCGUUCACACAUGGUGGAGGACGCGGAUGGCGCUGCAACAGCAGCAUAUGCCAUGGGGGCGACAGGGGAUUCAAGCAACAGCAGCGACGCAGCAGUAGCCAGUGGUAUCAACGCCAGCGGAAGCAACGGCAGUGGAGGCAGCGGUAGUGGAAGCAAUGGCAGUGGAAGCAAUGGCAGUGCUGCCGUGGCAGAUUCCAGCCUGUUUCCGUCAACCAACCUCCCUGUUGAAGCAGCCAUGCAGCUCCCAAAGCUGGCAGCAGCAACGAGGGCAUGGGAACUGCUCGGAUCCACGGAGCCCCAGCGCCUGAGAGCUUUGCAGGUGGCGGUGUCGCGCGCCAUCUACACGAUGGUGAAGGACAGCUGCCUGGCGGGGCCGUACAUGCUGGGCCUCUCCGUGCGCUACCGCCUGCGCCUCACCGCCUUCCUCUGCACGCUGCUGGGCGGCCCCGUGCUCGCCCAGCCGCUCUGCAAGUUCACCAACUCGUCGGGGCACCAGCUGCUGCACGCCCAGGAGCUGUUUGACCACCUGCGAUACGUGCACAGGGGCGUCAACAACAAGGCGGUGUCGGCGCAGCAGCUGCGGCGCUUCAUCGACAUCCUCAUCGCCGCCAUGCAGUCCGUCACCACCAUGGGGGCCGACGCUGCCGUCGACCUCUCCGCCUUCUUCCACCGCUUUGAUGACGCCAUCGUCAGCACCGACAUCGCUGGCUGCUCCCAAGGAGGCACGUGGCUGCAGUGGCGCACGGGUGUGAAGCACAACACGACCAUCCAUGUGGGGGACAAGAUCACGUGGGUGUGGGAUGACGACCUCCCGCACUCUAUCAGAAUCACAGGCAUGGGCGACGCCCCCACGCCCUUCUUCCCCGGCUUUGGAGGGCACCGCCUGGCGGUGUCACGCCUCUACCACUGCUCGCCAAUGACCGUCGGGGAGGACGACGACUACGACGACCCCGUGCCCUGCGUGCUGCAUCUCCCGGGAGCCGCCAACACCACGUUCACGUACACCAAGGUGUUCACCCAGCCAGGCACCUACCACUACGAGAGCGGCGGGCAGGACGUGGGCGAAGCAGGGCUCACCUCCUCCGCUUCCUCCUCUGCCUCUGCCUCCUCUGCCUCCUCCUCUGCCUCGUCUGCUGUGGGUGGUGUUCUGCCGCCCGCCAUGUCUGGCAUGGUCACGGUGCUCGUGCCACCACCAGAGCCGAAAGACCCGGCCUUCCAGUGCGCCCCAGGCUGUGUGAUCCACAUGCUGGCAGACGGGGUGUGCAACCCGCCCUGCAACACGCCUGGCUGCGUCUUUGAUGGUGGCGACUGCGGGUGCAUUGACUCUGUCCUUGGCCCCGGCUUCUGUGCGUGCCCCCCAGGGCACGCCAGGCGGCACGAUGGAGCGUGCUGCAUGUCAUCGGCGGUGGGUUCUGACCUGCACUUCCCCUUCUCGCUGCAGCGCUACGGGCCCAACUACACCGAGAGCAACCACGCCUUCGCUGCUGAGAGGAAUGCUCCGCUCACACGAUUUGCGGCUGAACACAACAGGCUCCUCAUUGGCAUGUUUCUGUAUCAGGAGCGAUGGGGCGUCAAGACAUGUGAUCCCGACAAUCUGCUGCACCUGGCGGGGUGGUGCAGCAACGGCACGUCCAGGGCGCCCUUUGGCGUCAACCCGCACUUCCUGCCCACCUCCUCCCUCUACGACCCUGUGGCGGCCGCAGCCACUGCUGCCAGCUCUAUGGGGAGCGCCAGUGCCGGUGGCAGUGGUAGUGUUGGUGACCAAGCUGUGCUCAACCCCCAGGGCCUGCCGUACGGAUUUGAGUACCCCGUGGACGGCCUGGAGGGCUACCCGCUGGUGUUUGACAUCAACCUGGACUACCAAGGAGCAAUGAACCGCCUUCGGUACCUGGUGGACGGGGCGUACAUCGACAACGCCACGCGCCAGGUGGAGGUCUCCUUCAUCACGCACAAUGGCGAGAGCGACACGCUGGUGCUCACCCGCGUCACAGCGGUGGUCGACACGGGCGGCGGUCUCGUCACCUCCUUCUCCUCGCUCUCCGUCCCGACCGUCUUCUACUCCGGCUCCCCCGCCUCCAUUCUCCUCGUGGUGCUGCAAGUCGUUUAUGUCUUGGCGCUGGUGUGGAACGGGGUGGAGGAGGUGGUGGAGCUGCGGGGGCGCGUGCGGAGGGAGGGGUCGGUGCUGAGCUACCUGCACUCGGGCUGGAACUGGAUCGACAUGGCCUCUCUCCUGCUGCAGGCGCUCGCGCUCAUCAUCUGGGUUGUGCUCUGGCGGGCCGUGGCGGCCAACGACAUGGACCCGCGCUACGACGUGUACGAGUCGCUGCUGGAGGUGCCGCGCUACUGGCAGGUGGCGGGGCGCGCGGAGGGCUUCCAGGCGGCCAUGGGGGAGUACUCGGACCUGCAGAUGCUCAUCAACUGGCGCUCAUUCUACUUCGCGUUGCAGGGCAUCAAUCUCUUCCUGCUCAUGGUGCGCCUGCUCAAGCUGAUGGACUUCCAGCCCUACCUGGGCGUCAUCACUCGCUCGCUCGCCCUCGCCCUGCCCUCACUGCUGCACUUCUUCCUGCUCGCCUUCAUCGUCUUCUUCUGCUUCUCUCUCUAUGGCUACCUGGUCUUUGGGGGGAAGAUGGAGCAGUUCUCGACCCUCCCCGAGUCGCUGUUCACGUGCUUCCUGAUCAUUCUGAACGAGAAUGCGACGGCGUACUUCUUUGAGCGCAUGCACGGGUGGGACCUGGUGGCGGGCAUGCUCUUCUUCGUCGCCUUCAUUCUGCUGCUCGUCUUCAUCCUCUUCAACUUCCUCAUCGCCAUCAUCGUCGACGCCUUCAUGACCAUCAAGGAGACCCAGGAGCUGGCCACAUCCAUCGCACAGGAUGUAGCGGGGAUCAUCCGCUACCUCUUGAGCCGCCUCACGGGGCGCUACGCCUCCUACAGCGCCAUCCUGCACCAGCUGCAGGCGCUGGGGGCGCGCGACACGGAGCGGGACGAGGCGCAGCGCCGCAUGCGGCGCUACCAGUCGCUGCAGCGGCGGGCCAAGACCGUGGUGAUCCGCGGGUUCUGUGGGCGCAAGGCUGCUGAGGUGGAACGAGCCAAGACGAUGGCGCGGGGUGGGGCGAUGGCGCUGGCGGCACAUCAGAGGGUGCUGCGCGUGAAGGGGCAGAGCAUCGAUGACAUCUCCCUCGCCAUGAUCUUGCAGCGACGCAGAGAGAGAGAGGUGCGGCCAUACUCACUCCCGGGUAGCUCGAACGAGGAGGACAAUCCCGAUGACACCACUGCUGUUGUGGAGGAACUUUCUCAGCAGCUUCUGCGGCAGCUGGGUAAGACAGAGACAACUAACGCCGCACCUAAGCCAGCCACGAAGCCAAAGCCGGGCCUUCACCAGAUCCAGGAGGAGUUGAAUCGCUCGCGGGAGUCGAUGGAGGAGCUCAAGGCCAUGGUGGCGUCACUGCUGGCUGCUGGCGUUGGUGCUUGCCCCCACUGCUCGCACUGCCCUCACUGCCCACUUGCGACCGCCAGCCAUAAGCCCACCACACUCACCAUCGGCACCACCGCCAGCCCUACCAGUGCAAUCACUACUGCCAUGAAAGCUGCUCCACCUCGUGCUGCUACCUUCUCUGCCCAUGCUGCAUCUGCAGCACUCAAUGCACCAGCGCGGCUGCCCCGUCUGUCCACAUACCCAAUCCCUCAAGCGAAUCGGACCCGUGUUUGGGGGAGCCAGGCUGAGUCCACCUUUAGAAGUGUGGAAGAGGUCUUUAGAGAUGGGGUGGAAGGGAGAUAUGAGGGAGGAAGUACUAGUAAGGGGGGUGCAAUUGGCACAUGUGACAGCCUUGAUUAAUAAAUUAUUGAACCACACAUUUUUUUUAAUCCCGAAUUUUACCCGGAUGCCA